AUGAUGAUGAUGAUGAUGAUGAAGGUGAUUGGUAAUGGCGAUAGCAGUUGUGAUAAUGGUUGUAUUGAUAGUAUUGUUGACAAAAAUGAUGACGGUCACGGUGACAGUGUUGAUGAUGAUGAUGAUAGUGAUGAUGAUGAUGUGGUUGAGAGUUAUGAUGAUCCGGAUCUGGAGGCGAAAGAAGGUCUGUGCCUCAAAGUAACAGGAGAUGAUCCAAUUCCUGCAGCUGUGGCAAGCUUUGCUGAUAUGGGCCUUCAUGAUGUAUUAAAUGAAAAUCUUCUUCGUGCUGGAUACACAAACCCAACACCAAUUCAGAAGUAUGCAGUCCCAAUUCUUAUGAAUGGUCGAGAUCUCAUGGCUUGUGCUCAGACUGGUUCAGGCAAAACGGCAGCAUUCCUUUUACCAGUGAUCAAUUAUGUUUUAGAAAACAACAUUAAACGACGUGAACACAAUGGAUGUGCACAACCUAUUGGGCUGGUUUUGGGUCCAACAAGAGAAUUGAUAUCGCAGAUAUAUGAUGAAGCUCGAAAAUUUUCGUAUGGAACAGAUGUGACUUGUGUGAGAAUCUAUGGUGGAGCAGCUACAAUUGUUCAGAUUCACCGAUUAAAGGAAAAUGAGAAUCCCAUUAUAAUGGCCACCCCAGGAAGGUUAUUGGAUAUUGUAUCAAAGGGAAAGAUAAGUUUUGAGAAACUAAAAUUUCUCAUUUUCGAUGAAGCAGACCGUAUGUUGGAUAUGGGUUUUGAACAAGACAUGUCAAGUCUCACAAAUCACUCGACUAUGCCAAAAGUGGGUGAGCGCCAAACCAUGAUGUUUAGUGCCACAUAUCCUGAUUCAGUACAAAGUUGUGCUCGUGGCUUUAUGGAUAACUACUUAUUCCUUGUAGUUGGCACUAUUGGUGCAGCAAAUAAAGAUGUUCAGCAAGAAAUUGUACAAAUAGACAAGUUCAAUAAAAGGGAGAAACUUGUAGAAUACAUUCAUUCAAAAUGCGAUAUUGUUGGUGUUGAUACAGUAGUCAACUUCGACCUGCCAAAGACUGUAGAUGAAUAUGUUCACCGUAUUGGACGAACUGGUAGGGUAGGCAAUCGUGGGCAUGCAUUAAGCUUCUUUGACAAUGAGCGAGAUGCACCACUAGCUAAAGAUUUGGUCAAGAUUCUUGAUGAGGCUGGUCAGGAAGUUCCUGAAUGGUUGAUGACAGCUGCUCAUAGAAGUGAAUAUUCACAAACAUAUUAUGGAACAAGUCGUUUUCCAGUCCAGGACAUCAGGUCAUUUGAUUAUUCUAUGAAACCGGAGGGUAAAGCACUUAUGGAGUCCUGUGGUGGACCAGCUCAGUCUCCCAAGCUUUUAGAUGAUGAAAUUUGGGAUGAGUGAUGUACAGCAUAUAAUAUAUACAUAGACCUCUUAGUGUGUUGAACUGAUCAUGUAAUUGAGUCUACUCAUUUUAACAAUGCUACUUCCUGCUUUUACUGCAGAAAAUUCUAGAUGUGCUGCAUAUAGUAGGUCAGUGGUAACUAUGUUCCUGUAUCUACCCAUAUUCUUGUUGCCUUUAGGCAACAUAUUGUCUACCAAAUUCUUGCAAAUUUUUCAUUUAUCUAACCCAUAUUAAUAAGGUUGCAUUUUUCUAUUGAUUUGCAUGUAGGUUUUUCUUGAAUAAUUCUUUACUUAAUAUUUUAGUUUGAAUAUCAGCAAUGAAUAUUGCAUUUUUUUUUUUUAACACUUACCAUCUUCCGCCAAGGCAGGGUGACCCAAAAAAGAAACAAUUUCACAUUAACUGCAAAAUGUCAAGUCUCAUAAAUUAAUGACACUAUUUUCAAAAAUAUGCUGGGUGUGUAAUGUUGAUCUUUUAGUUAAAAAUAGUAAUUCCACUUUAACUGAUUUCUGGCUUAAGAUAGUUUCUGAUAAACACAGUAUUAAAGAUAGACUUGUAAAUGAACUGAACCUGUUUGUUAUAUUGAACUGUAGUAUCAGCACCCCUCUGGCAAGACCAUAUGCUUUUUUAGACCACCCUGCCUCUGUGGGAGAUGAAUAGUGUGGUUUGUUAAAAAAAAAAUAUAUAUAUAUUGUAAUUAAUAAUUAAAAUGUUAAUGAAUGUCAUGAGAAUUAAUAUGGAGAUCCUGGGAGUGCAAAACCCAUAAGGAUACAGUGUCUGAAUGUCAUGAGAAGAAAGGAUAUUAAGUGCUGUUGCAGUUUUCAUUAAAAUACUAUCAUAUUUUUACAUGUAUGAUUAGUUAAUUAUAGGAACAAAUACACAUUUUCAAGAUUAAAAAGUUGAAAAGCAAGAAGCUUUUU